AAAGAUAUUUAUCAUCAGAUAGUGAUAGGUCAAAACCGCAUAAUUAUUUACUUUAUGGAGUAAUUGUUCACAGUGGUGAUUUACAUAGAGGCAGUUAUUAUGUUUUUAUAAAGCCAGAAAAGAAUGGCAAAUGGUUCAAGUUUGAUGAUAAUAUAAUUAUACCUGUCACUGAUAAAGAAGUGCUUGAAAAAAAUUAUGGUGCUGAAGUUCCCAAUGCUAUCGGUUCUAAAAAUGCAUACAUGUUGAUAUAUAUCCGUGAAUCCGAUAUCGAUUUUGUGCUAUCUCCCAUAUUUGCUAAGGAGAUACCAAAUCAUCUAAAAAGUCGCUUAGAUAAAGAGAAAGCUUUAUGUGAACAUAAAAAAAAAAAAGCUGAAAAACGUCAUUUAUAUUUGUAUAUUAAGAUUGUUACCCUAGCUUCCUUUGAGAGUUAUCAAGGAUUUGAUCUUGCUAAUUUCGGCAAUAAACAAUAUCCGCUAUCUAAAAUUCCACAUUAUAAAAUUUUGAAAAAUGAAAAAUAUAAGAAUAUCAAAGCUUGGGCCGCUAAACACUUUGGACAUAAAACUGAACAAAUAAGGUUAUGGGUCCUUUUAAAUCGCCAGAAUCAGACUGUUAGGCCAGAAACUCUAUUAACAGACGAUUUUCUUGACAUGACAAUGGAACAAGUUCACACAAAAGUAGCAGCAAGGCCAAAUGAAUUGAAAUUAUUUUUGGAAGUGGUAAAACCGAUUAACGGCAAAUUAUGGUUCCCGCCGAUAGAAAAUGGUUUCCAUACAUUGGUUUUCAUUAAGUAUUUUAACCCCGAUACACAAUGUUUGGAAGGACUCUGUCAUUUAUAUGUUCAUAAAUCUGGUGAAGUUGGUGAUAUUAUUCCAAUUCUUUGCGAGAAGAAGAAAUUUCCACCACAUACAUCCUUGAAAAUAUACGAAGAAAUAAAACAAAAUAUGAUUCAAGAGAUGAACCCUACGCAGACUUUUCAACAACUUGGUAUACAAGAUGGUGAUAUAAUUUGCUUCCAAAAGGCUUUAAAUGAAAAAGAAACACAAGAACAUACUGCUGCGGGUCGUAUUCAUGAUAUUCCUACAUUUUACGAGUCAUUAUAUAUGCGUAUCAUUAUUCAAUUUAAACCGAAAUAUAAAAACCAAGAACAAUAUCCUGAAUUUGAAUUAGUUUUAAAUAAGAAAUACACAUAUGAUGAUGUCGCCAAAUACGUUGCUGCUCAUCUAAGCACAGAUCCUUUGAAGUUACGAUUUACAACGGCAAAGAAAACUGUAAUUGAAAGGACAACUACACAAAUACUGUCAGAGAUGCUUCAAACAACCCAUCAACCUAGAUCAGUAGAACUUUUAUAUUAUGAGAUGCUUGACAUUAAUAUUGUGGAAUUAGAAUCAAAGAAAUUCUUUAAGGUGCACUGGCUUGGAACAAUUGUCAAGGAAGAGGAAGUGAUUGAUAUUAGUCUUCCAAAAACUGCUAUGGUUAAUGAAAUUAUUAAAAUAAUUAUAAACAAACUAGCAUUAAGACCUACUAGUAGAAUUAGAUUAUAUGAUGCCUUACAUUGCAAAAUUCAAAAAGAAUAUGAUAUUAACGAUCCAAUAAAUAUGAUACAGGAAAAUACGACGUUAUAUGCGGAGGAAAUACCACAAGAAGAAAUCAAUCUAGACACCAAUGAUAAAGUUAUUCAAGAUGAGCCCUUCUAUACGACAAUAUUACGUCUUAAACUACGCUUAGGAAUAAAUGAAAAGGAUUUCUCGAAAGUAAAAGGUGCAAUUGUACAAGCGCAAUUACAUGCAAAGCCUCAGUAUAUAGAUGAUAAUGUUAUUCUGUCGGAUUAUGGAUUGACAGAAGAGCUUCUAGGUCUUGAUCAUCUUGUGUUUCACAAACUUGAGAUCGCU